UGACCGGACCGGGAUGGCAAUUGGCAAUGCCAUGGCGCCUCCCCCUCCUUCCCCGGUUCCUCCACUUCUGUAAACCCUAAUCAAUCUAGAGCCCUCCAAAUUGAUGGCUCCUCGUCUCAGAAUCUGAAUCAAAUCGAACGAGCAGAACGAAAAACGAAGCAGCCGCUCCCGAAUCCGGCAGCGAUGGAUCGUUCCCGCUCCAAGCGCGGCUACCACUACGACCAGGACUCGCCGCCGCCCCGCUCCAAGCAGCGCUUCGACCGCCGCAGCGGUGGCGGCGGCCAGAACCCAAACUCUGGUUACCACCGCCGCGGGCCACCCGGAGGCGGCGGCUCCUCCGACCGCCGCGGCUUCCUUCCCCCUGAUGCCGCGCCGCCCCCGCCCCCGCCCCCGCCUCCCCCACCGUCGGCCGCUGCGGGGGCGCCGGGCGCCGCGUCCACCAUCACCUCCUUCCGCAUCCUGUGCCCCGAAUGCAAGGCCUACGGCUUAUCGCCCGGCUUCGUCGCCAAGGUCCGCGACGACAGCGGCGCGCUCGUCACCGUGCACCCGCCCUUCGCUGGCGACUACGUCCGGGUCAUCGAGACGGUCGACGGCGCGCGGCGCGAGGCUGACGGCCGCCCCCCCAUGUACUCUCCGGCGCAGGAGGCGCUCCUCAUGGUGCACCGCCGGAUUCUCGAGACGGAAGCCGAGGAUGGCGACGAGGAUGGCGAGUACGGGCCCAGGGGGAAGGACCCGCGGGACAGGGGGAAGACCACCACGCGCCUCAUCGUGCCCAAACUUCACGUUGGAUGCCUGCUCGGCAAGGGCGGUAAGAUCAUCGAGCAGAUGAGGAUGGAGACCAAGACGCACAUCAGGAUUCUGCCGCGCGACCAGCAUACGCCGCGCUGUGUGUCCUUGUCCGAGGAGGUUGUACAGGUUGUUGGAGAUGGAAACUGUGUUAGGAAGGCUGUAGCAAUAAUCACUGAUCGCCUAAAGGAAAGCUUACACCGCGAUCGUGGUCCUUUCCGAGGGCGAAUGAAUUCACCAGAGCCUCGAAUUUCUCAGGAAGAUGAAUACCUGGGUGGUGUUCAGCAGAUGCCUUUAUAUGAAGAAACUUACGGACGACCUGAUCAGAUUAGGAACAAUAUUGGCAUGGAGCCACCAGGGUAUGAGUUUGAUUCAAAUGGUGGCAAGGUCAUUGAACACCCAAAUAUUCUGUAUGAUGCUAUCGUAUUUCGAAUUCUUUGCCCAAAUGACAAGGCUAGCAGUUUAGUUUCGACGCGUGAUGGAAUAAUAGAGAUGCUACAGGCAGAUGUUGGUGUUGAUGUUAGGCUUACUGAUAUUAUUGCUGGUUCUGAUGAAAGGGUUGUAAUCAUCACAUCAAGAGAGGGCCCAGACCAUGAGCUUUUCCCAGCCCAGGAAGCACUGCUGCACAUCCAAACUCAUAUUGUAGACCUUGGCCCUGAUAAGGAUAACAUUAUCACGACAAGACUACUUGUACCUUCAAGUGAAAUUGCUUGCUUUGAUGGAAGGGAGGGGUCAUUAUCUGAUAUACAGAGACAGACUAGUGCAAACGUGCAGAUAUUACCAAGAGAAGAUCUUCCAUCAUGCGCCCUAGAUUCUGAUGAACUCAUACAGAUUGUUGGAGAUAUUAGAGCUGCUCGGAAUGCUCUUAUGCAUAUAACUACAAAACUAAGGAGUUAUCUAUACCGUGAGAUGUCUGGUCCUAUUCAAGUUGGUAACAUUAAUGUACAUGGAGCCAUUUCUCCAGCAACUGGCUCACCUCGAGGACCAUACCAGGGAAAUGAUAUUCCAAUGGGUCCUUACCACCAAGCACCACAACUGACAGCUUCAUGGCACUCAAAGGAUAGUGGAGGCAGUGCAAGUGGAUCAUUUGAGCAAGGUAGCAACAUUAAUGAUGAUAUCAGGCAAAAUGCUUCAAAAAGAUUUGCUGUUCCUCUAGUGACUAGAAGCACGUUAGAAGUUGUCAUACCAAACAGUGCUGUUGCAAGCCUCACCAUGAGGGCUGGUAGCAAGCUUGCCCAAAUAAGCGAGAUGUCUGGUGCUACUGUAACUCUCGCUGAUGAUAGACCUGGCAUCUUGGAGAAAGUUGUACAAAUAUCUGGUACCCCUGAGCAGACUGAAAAAGCUAAAAGUUUGCUGCAGGGAUUUAUUCUUAGCAUCCAAGAUGACAGUUGAAUACGUGACUACACUCUACUGCAUGUCAUAGGUGUUUUCUCGUUGAAUCUCCCGUUGAUUUUUUUUUUCUGGUACAAUACAUCUCAGUCCAUGUGGUUUAUUUGUAAUAGUUGUCUAAUUGAGCGUCAUGCUUUUCGUGUGUAAAGUGUUAAGAUAUGUUCACAUUCUUUUUUUCAUAGUUGUAAUGCUAAGUAGCCAAAAUGUGUCUGUUUCUAGUUUACCCUAACUGGUGUAAGAUAGUAUAAAUCUUAUUGAUUGAUUUAAUUUCCAAAUUCAUAUAUGGUUGCUGGCCAGAAAGUUGGUCAGGUAA